AUGGGAUUUUUCAAAUCAAAACCUAAGAGGACUGCCGUCGAAAUUCUUCGACAGACUCGCUCUGUUUUAAUCCAAGUUUGUUCCUCUGAUCUUCAUGAUUCCAAAAAACAAGAGGCAUUGGCUAAGAAUAUUAUGGAGUUAAAGUCGAUUCUUUAUGGCAGCGAUGAGUCUGAUCCAGUGCCAAAAGCCUGUGCACAAUUGACCGAGGAGUUCUUCAGAGAGAACACACUUCGUCUUCUCAUCAUCUGUCUUCCCAAAUUGACCUUGGAGGCCCAAAGAGCUGCCACUCAAGUUGUCGCAAAUCUACAACUGCAGAAAGUUCAGUCCCGAUUGAUUGCAUCAGAAUACUCAGAGAAAAAUACCGAUGUUUUGGAUCUUUUGGUAGCAGGUUACGAAAACAUAGACAUGGCUAUCCACUACGGUGCAAUGUUGAGGGGUCUUCCGUAUUUCGACGUUGCCGCAGAUGCUGCGGCAACUUUUAAGGAACUCUUGACAAGGCAUAAAUAUUCUCUCGUUGCUGAUUUUCUUUCCAAGAACUAUGAAUGGUUCUUUGCGGAAUUUAAUUCGAAGCUGCUGGAAUCCACCGAUUAUAUUACAAGAAGACAAGCUAUCAAGCUGUUGGGAGACAUACUAUUGGAUCGCUCUAAUUCAGUUGUGACGGCUCGAUACGUGCGCUCAAGUAACAAUUUGAGGAUUGUUAUGAAUCUCCUCAGGGAUUCAAGUAAGAGCAUCCCGGUAGAAGCACUUCAUGUUUUCAAGCUCUUUGCUGCAAAUCAAAAUAAGCCUUCCGAAAUCGUUACCAUACUUGUGGCAAAUAGGAGCAAGCUUCUUCGUUUCCUUGCUGAUUUCAAGACAGUUAAAAAGGAUGAGCGAUUUGAGGUAGACAAAGCUCAAGUCGUGAAAGAAAUAGUUGCCCUGGAGCCUAGAGAUCACAGCUAUGAUAUGAGGGAGCUCGGUCGCUCCUUGGAGUAA